AGGCCGAGAACAAGACGGCUGUAGAGAGUUUUUUUCUUUCGUUAGGCAUUCGAAGUAGUCAAGCCUAUGCAGCACUCCUUCAGGUACUUCUGGAGCACUACGCACCGAAGCGAUUGCUCAUGUUCCACGGCAGAUGUCAGAAACAGGGUACAUGUUGUCUUCCAGCUCCGUUUUCUGAACAGCGACUAUUGGAGUACCCCACAUCUUACCCUCCAGUAUAGUGUGCUUAGAUGAAUGGAUGGGUGACAAGUCUUUGGAUAAAUAGCGUUCCACUGCUUUCUGUCAACAAAAAGCUCAAACGUGGAUUUAGCGUCACGUAGUGAGAGCAUGGGAGAAAAAAGAAGACACCUGUCUCAAGCCAACACGACUGCUGGUUUCCACGGCCUACCCGCCACCAAGGAGACCAGACGGGUAGGCAUGUUCAACAAUGCCAUUGAGACAGAGCCUCGGAUCGUCCCACUAAUUGCGCAAGAGUGUACAGCACAAAGAAAGACACUGGUGCACGUAGAGGACUCCACUAGAGCAGAAGAGGACAUUCGACCAGAAGAAAAUCCACGUCGAUGCCAGGCCCACGGACCAACUCCACGCCGAAUCCACGGCGUAGGGACCACUUCGAGGCCGGUGGCCUCCCAUCCCUGAAGCGUACCGCAAACACUGUCUCGCGAUCAUGCGGUGAUGACCCCGUCACGCGGUGUCACGUGACCCUACAAAGCCACUGACGGACCUACACGGUGCUUGGCCCUGUUAGGCUACCGCGUCAAAGCGGCAAUGCAACAACAAAUAAUGUUAUGGGAGCGUGACUUUCUUUUGUCUCCUUUCCUCAACGACGUUUCUGGCAAGACUCCCUAUAUUUGGUGACUAUACUUCGGCCAAUGGGACACACGAAAUCGCGGAACAAAUGCCUGUUAGACCGCAUGAACUUUCAUGAAGGAAAACAUCCCGGGAUCUACAUUUCAAAACUCCCGGGCCGACACCUGGUAACGUCAGAAGGUAUAUCCCAUUCACCUUCUCCUCCACGAAGCUCCGCCUCCUAACCGGAAGAGCAAGCAAGAAAGUAAAGCGCCAGCCAGCAAUUUUGCUUAUUUCGCAGCGUGGUCGGCGGCGAGGUCCGUCUGGUUCAGUUGUCGUCUGUCUGCGGUGCUCGAAACGUCGUCGCGCUCAACGGAUUUUCCUCGCAUCCACUGUCGUCCAAUCCAAGUCGGCCAAGCCAAGCACAUUUUCGACAGGUGGCCCGUGUGCAACAAUGUGUCUGCUUUGGAGCGGUUUUGUUUAGAGACACCGGUGCAAAAGAGCAAAGGAUGCUCUCGCAACUAUGUAGAGCUCAACUGUGGCCCAAACCAAGCAGAAAGUGGAACCGCCGUUUCUCACGUGGCAUUCAGCGCAAGCUGGGACCAGGACACAUCAAUGCACCCAACAUAGUGCAUUUCAACUGCAGCACCAACAACUUGCAAGGGAUUCCCGACCACUGUUCAGACUACGGGGGAGAUUCGAGUUGCUGCAGUGAUGAAGAAAAUGACUGCUCCUCUGGUGGCUUUGAUGACACCUGCAGCGAAUACAGUUGUUCUACUUCAAUGCCCCUCGACAGAGAAUGCUGCUGUUGCUGUCAAGUAGCUGAAAAUCCAGCCUACGGACUCUCCACGCUGGAGCCACACAUUCCGCAAUUCAGCGCAGCAGAAGACAAAGUCUCGGCGAAUAACAUCACAAACCAUCAGCACCAGGCCGAGAACGAAUACAUUCCGCUGUGGAACACGAGACAACAGCCGAGUCGAGAUAAGAUAUUCAAAAUCAUCCCUCCAAAAGAAGAAGAAAGCAGGUUGCUCCAGUCACAGGAUCUGCACUCCGCGCCUCACAGCUUGACCGCACCGAGGAUCACCGACAGCAGAAAGACGACGAGGCUAAGAGGCGUUCUAAGCGAGCGAGAUUCGCCUUCCGCGUUCCGCGUCGUGACGCCCAAGUCGGACAAGAUCGCGGCACAGAAUGUGUCAAAACCACAAUGCCUGAAGAAUGUACCAGCGAAUCAUCCUCUGAGUGUAAGGGUGAUGCAGAGCACACCAAAGCGCCAGGACAAGGCGGAACAGCUGUCGCGGAAGACACAGCGGGCUAGGGCGUACCCGACAAAGUUAAAGCGAUUUUCGGUGUGCGAUGCGGAUGAAACGUUGCGGAAGGCUUCAAAGGAAGAUCCUGCUCAGGUGCCCAUGGUUGUGAUGCAAUGUGCGAGGCUCCACCUCAGUCUCAGUUCGAAUCCACCCUUCCAACAGAUGUCGCUCCCCAUGGGGACCCUGGUGACCGCACUCUUCCGCGAUGAGGACUGGAUCUGCGUGCAGACGCCUCACGGUGUCAAAGGCUACCUGUUCUACACCAACUGCACGCCGCUCGGGAUUUUACCGGCGUCGACGAAGCUAGAGCCUUGGGAAACACCGUACGGUGCAAACAGACAUCUACUGAAGAGAUUGGAUGAUGAAGCUGUCCUGAGGAAUCAAAACCAAAACAGAUCGGAUAUCGACACACAAUCUGCGAAGAAAUCAAACGUACGGCUGCAAGCGAGGAACAGAGAAAAUGGCGCUGCCAGGAUAAAAUAUGACAACAGGGUUAGGAGGACUGGGAGCAGUGGAAUAAAGCAGCCGAGGAUGGCACAUCCAUCGAAAACUAACGUCGAAAACGUAAGGGCUACGCUGCAGAGAAACCUGUCCAGCCAGAAGGCAGCUCACGAUACGGACACGGACCAAGAAGCUAAGAAAAUCCUGGAGAAAAAUAUAGACAAGCUCAUAUCGUCGGUCAGGACAACAAAACCCAAAGAUGACUGCUCAGAUAUGGCUAUGCAGCUCAAAACACUACGGAUAGAAAGCAUACCAACUGAAGAACGUAAUGGAAUGUCAAACGUCUAGAUCCACGUUCUUCUCUGUCCGUGGUGGCUCUCAGGUUCACUGCCAUACCCUCUCAUUCACCAUAUGUACAUAAGUUUCACUUGUCCUUGUUUCUGUUCUACUUUUUGCACAUCCUCAGGUACCAGGAUCCUAGCAUCUACUGAUGCAGCACUUAUGAUCUGUAUUUAUGUUUUGUACAUACAUUAUUGUGAUUUAAAAAAAAAAAAAAAAACUUGUAUGUUAAUAUGCCACUAGCCAAAACUUACUUGACCACUCUGAUGAAAGAUGCUUUAUUUACAUCGGUGAAGAAUGACGAUGUUAAAAUAUCAGCGAAAAAUCCCUGUACAUAAAGUUUGUACAUACUUCAAUCUUGUAACUUGAUCCUGCUGCACACAGAGCCUAAAAAAAAGAAAAAAAAGAAAACUCAUCAGCACUUAUGCUCAUGAAAGCACACACCAAAAUACUGAGAUGUCAAUAAAAGAAACGUGUUGUCAUUUGAAGUUAUCCUGCUACGACAUUGUGGUGAAAUGUUUUGUGCACGCACCUUGUAGGGUGGAGUGUCA